AUGCGGCCAGGACGGACAGGCGGCACGCCGCUGCAGCUGGUGUUAAUGGUCAGUCAAGGCAUUUUAAACUGUUGUGUGGCAUACAACGUUGGUCUCCCAAAAGCAAAGAUAUUUUCUGGUCCUUCAAGUGAACAGUUUGGCUAUGCAGUGCAGCAGUUUAUAAAUCCAAAAGGCAACUGGUUACUGGUUGGUUCACCAUGGAGUGGCUUUCCUAAGAACCGAAUGGGAGAUGUAUAUAAAUGUCCUGUUGAUCUAUCCACCACUACAUGUGAAAAAUUGAAUUUGCAAACUUCCACGAGCAUUUCCAAUGUUACUGAGAUGAAAACCAACAUGAGCCUUGGCUUGACACUGACAAGGAACUUGGGAACAGGAGGAUUUCUUACCUGUGGUCCCCUGUGGGCACAGCAGUGCGGAAGUCAGUAUUACACAACCGGGGUUUGCUCUGAUGUCAGUUCCGAUUUUCAGUUGCGGACCAGCUUUGCUCCUGCAGUUCAGACCUGCCCUUCCUUCAUAGAUGUUGUGGUUGUAUGUGAUGAAUCAAACAGUAUUUAUCCCUGGGAUGCAGUAAAGAACUUUUUGGAAAAAUUUGUACAAGGCCUAGAUAUAGGCCCCACAAAGACACAGAUGGGGUUAAUUCAAUAUGCCAAUAAUCCAAGAGUUGUGUUUAAUCUGAAUACUUUUAAAUCCAAAGAUGAAAUGAUUAAAGCAACAUCGCAGACAUACCAAUAUGGUGGAGACCUUACAAAUACCUUCAAAGCAAUUCAGUAUGCAAGAGAUACCGCUUACUCAAUGGCUGCUGGUGGACGACCAGGUGCUACCAAAGUUAUGGUGGUUGUAACUGAUGGUGAAUCCCAUGAUGGUUCAAAGUUGAAAGCUGUGAUUGAUCAAUGUAACAAAGACAAUAUACUGAGGUUUGGCAUAGCAGUUCUUGGGUACUUAAACAGAAACGCCCUGGAUACUAAAAAUUUAAUAAAAGAAAUUAAAGCUAUCGCCAGUAUUCCAACAGAAAGAUACUUUUUCAAUGUCUCUGAUGAAGCAGAUCUACUAGAAAAGGCUGGGACAAUAGGAGAACAGAUUUUCAGCAUUGAAGGUACAGUUCAAGGAGGAGACAACUUCCAAAUGGAAAUGUCACAAGUGGGAUUCAGCGCAGAAUACUCUCCUCAAAAUAAUAUUCUGACGCUGGGUGCAGUAGGAGCUUAUGACUGGAGUGGGACUGUGGUCCAGAAGACACCUCAUGGACAUCUGAUCUUUUCUAAACAAGCAUUUGAACAAAUUCUGCAAGACAGAAAUCACAGUUCAUAUUUAGGUUACUCUGUGGCUUCCAUUUCUACUGGGAACAGUGUCCACUUUGUUGCUGGUGCUCCUCGAGCAAAUUAUACUGGCCAGAUAGUGCUAUACAGUGUUAAUGAGAAUGGCAGUGUCACAGUUAUACAGUCUCACAGAGGUGACCAGAUUGGCUCCUAUUUCGGUAGUGUGCUGUGUGCAGUCGAUGUGAAUAAGGACACCAUCACAGAUGUGCUCUUGGUAGGUGCGCCAAUGUACAUGAAUGACCUAAAGAAAGAGGAAGGAAGAGUCUACCUGUUCACUAUCACAAAGGGCAUUUUGAAUUGGCACCAAUUUCUGGAAGGCCCCAAGGGUCUUGAAAAUGCUCGGUUUGGUUCAGCAAUUGCAGCUCUUUCAGACAUCAACAUGGAUGGCUUUAAUGACGUGAUUGUUGGUUCACCUUUGGAAAAUCAGAACUCUGGAGCUGUGUACAUCUACAAUGGUCAUGAGGGCAUGAUUCGCUUGAGGUAUUCUCAGAAAAUCCUGGGGUCCGACAGAGCCUUUAGUAGCCACCUCCAGUACUUUGGGAGAUCCCUGGAUGGCUAUGGAGAUUUAAAUGGGGAUUCCAUCACCGAUGUGUCCGUGGGGGCCUUUGGACAGGUCGUUCAGCUCUGGUCACAGAGCAUUGCUGAUGUAUCUGUAGAUGCUUCAUUCACACCAAAAAAAAUCACUUUGCUCAACAAAAAUGCUGAGAUAAAACUUAAACUCUGCUUCAGUGCUAAGUUUAGACCUACUAAUCAAAACAAUCAAGUGGCCAUUGUGUAUAACAUCACAAUUGACGAAGACCAGUUUUCAUCCAGAGUGACGUCCAGGGGGUUAUUUAAGGAAAAUAAUGAAAGGUGCUUGCAGAAGACCAUGAUAGUAAGUCAAGCACAGCGCUGUUCUGAGUACAUCAUCCACAUACAGGAGCCCUCUGACACUAUCAGCCCUCUGAAUCUGUGUGUGAACAUUAGUCUGGAAAACCCUGGCACUAACCCUGCCCUUGAAGCCUACUCUGAGACGGUCAAGGUCUUUAGUAUCCCUUUCCAUAAAGACUGUGGUGAUGAUGGAGUUUGCAUUUCUGAUCUAGUUCUAAAUGUUCAGCAGCUGCCAGCCACUCAACAACAGCCCUUCAUUGUCAGCAACCAAAACAAAAGGUUAACAUUUUCAGUAAAACUGGAAAACAAGAAGGAAAGUGCCUACAACACUGAGAUUGUUGUUGAUUUUUCAGAAAACCUGUUUUUUGCUUCCUGGUCCAUGCCGGUUGAUGGGACAGAAGUGACCUGCCAGAUUGCUUCAUCUCAGAAGUCUGUUACCUGCAAUGUGGGCUACCCUGCUUUAAAGAGCAAACAACAGGUGACUUUCACUAUUAACUUCGACUUCAAUCUUCAAAACCUUCAGAAUCAGGCAUCUAUCAGUUUCCGAGCCUUAAGUGAAAGCCAGGAAGAAAACAUGGCAGAUAAUUCAGUCAACUUAAAACUCUCUCUGCUGUAUGAUGCUGAAAUUCACAUAACAAGAUCUACCAACAUAAAUUUUUAUGAAGUCUCCUUGGAUGGGAAUGUUUCUUCUGUCCUGCACAGUUUUGAAGAUAUUGGUCCAAAAUUCAUCUUCUCCAUUAAGGUAACAACAGGAAGUGUUCCAGUAAGCAUGGCAUCUGUGAUCAUCCACAUCCCUCAACACACCACAGGCAGGAACCCGCUGAUGUACCUGACUGGGGUGCACACAGAUCAGGCUGGUGACAUCAGUUGCAAAGCUGAAAUAAAUCCACUGAAAAUAGGACAGACGUCUUCUUCUGUAUCUUUCAAGAGUGAAAAUUUCCGGCACAUAAAAGAAUUGAACUGUAGAACCGCUUCAUGUAAUAACAUCACAUGCUGGCUGAGAGACCUUCAGGUGAAAGGAGAAUACUUCCUUAAUGUGUCCACCAGGAUUUGGAAUGGGACUUUUGCAGCAUCGACUUUCCAGACAGUGCAGUUGACAGCAGCUGCAGAAAUUAACACGUACAACCCUCAGAUAUACGUGAUCGAAGAAAACACGGUCACGAUUCCCCUUACGAUAAUGAAACCCCAUGAGAAAGUUGAAGUACCAAUUGGAGUGAUAGUAGGAAGUGUAAUCGCUGGAAUCCUUUUGCUAUUAGCUCUAGUUGCAAUUUUAUGGAAGCUGGGAUUCUUCAAAAGAAAAUAUGAAAAAAUGGCCAAAAAUCCAGAUGAAACUGAUGAGACCACAGAACUCAACAGCUGA